UAAAUUUUGUAGAACAAUUAUUUGUCGCUCCCAAAAACACACCACAAUGAAUGAUUGAAAGAAAAAUGUUGAAUGAUGUAGUCAAGUCCUGAUUGAAGUGAAACGAAUAUUCAUUCAAAAAUGCAAUGAUAUGGUGUUUUCUCUAUUUCAUUCUGAGAGCAACAAAAAUGUUUGGACAAUUGAUGGAUUUGCUAUCGGGAAUAAUACCUGUUGCACCUACUACUAAGCCGACCUGCAUGAUUAUUGUGUAUAGUCAUUGUCCAUAGAUAAGCCAUGUUGGUGGAUAGAAUAAUGCAGCAAAAUACAACAAUAAAACAGGAUUGACAUCUAUGACUAUUUUUCCGACAUUCCAAGUUUUUUAUAUAGAUCUUUCGAAUUUAAUCAAAUUGAUGAAUAUAAUUGCGGGUAACGUGUUACAAGUUCCUUUCUAGUGCGCGUGCGUCAAAAUUUUGAAUCCAAAAAUUUACAGAUAAAUUGGACCCAAUAAUUUGCUAAUGAUAAUAUAUUAAUAGGAUUUCGUUGUUUCCGAAGAAUCAGACCAUCAUAAUUCUGCAUGGAUUGAAAAAAAAUUCAAUAGCUCUAAACAAAAUCAGCUGUUUUGAGGGUCGAUUCGAUUCUAUUUCUACCUUGAUAUUCAGAUUUGAUGUGCCGUUUUUCAAUUCCGACACGUGUUUUUUCUAUAACCAAGUUUUUUCGAGAAAGUAGCAAAUUUGCUACUCCAAAUUAUAAUCGUUUGUCAAGAAGAAUGUAUGAAAUAUUGGCAGAAAGUGUUGUGAGUGAUUCAAACAAUGGUCAAACUGUUAUUGCCACCGAAAAAGUAGUCAAAGAUUAUACCGAAAAGUUGCUCAAAAUUCCAAAUUUCUUGCAGCAAAAACAAGAAAAGGGUUUCCUGAUUCGUUCUGAAAGUGAUAAAUUUGACUAUAAAAUUCUCAGACUUGCAAAUGACAUUCGAAUUGUUUUAAUAUCCGAUCCAACAUAUAAACAAUUGUCUCAAUCUGCAAGUGAAGAUAUCGAUGAAUCUAAUGAUGAAAAUGAAGGUGAUGAUGAUGAGGAAAAAAUGUCGACAAUGUCGGAUGAAUCGAUUAUGAAUGGUAAUGUAAAAAAUGCUGCAAUCGUUAUCGGCGUCAAAGUUGGUUCUAUCCAAGAUCCUAAGGAAAUUCAAGGUAUGGCUCAUAUGUUAGAACAUCUUCUAACCAUGGGAUCGGAAAAAUAUCCGGCCGAAAACGCUAUCGAUGAAUUUCUUUCAUCACAUGGUGGAUAUCAAAAUGCACAUACAGAGAUUGAACAUACAAUUUAUGAAAUCAAAGUUCAUCCUAAACAUGUUUCUCAAGUAAUCGACUUGAUUGGCAAUGCUUUCAUUAAACCAUUAUUACGUCAAGAAUCGAUUGAGAAAGAAAUCAAACCGAUUGAUACUGAAUUCGUACAGGCAAAAGAUGAUGAUGAUUUACGUGUGGAUGUUUUGUUAAGUCAUCUAGCUGAUACUGAUCAUCCAGUGAAUAAAUUUAUGUGGGGCAAUAAAAAAUCACUUAUCGAUGAUCCAAAAGCCAACAAUAUAGACGUACACAAAAUGUUAUUGAAUUUUUAUCGAACAUUCUAUCAGCCUGAAAAUAUUGUCGUUGUAGUGCAGGCACAAGAAUCAUUGGAAAAUCUGCAACUAUGGACGACAUCAGUUUUUUCGAAUGUUGUCAAACCCAUGAUGCCCGAUAAUUUGAUGACGAUUGAGAAAUUUCAAGGAAAAUUGCCCUUCAAAUUUGGACUGGAAUCACGAUUUAAUCGUUUGUAUCGUGUUGAAUCAAUCGAUGAUGGAACACGUUUGUUGAUAAAUUGGUGUCUGCAACCGGUCAUUGAUCAAUAUCUAAUAAGUCCUAAUGAUUAUUGGGCAUCAUUGAUCGGUUAUGAAGGAAAAGGAAGUUUGAUAUCCUUGCUACGUGAAAGAAAUCUUGCCAUGGAAAUUUUUACCGAUAGUGAAAUUUUUUGUCAAUCUAAUAAUAAUUUUUUCAUCAUAUUCAACAUUGAUUUACAUCUGACUGAUAUGGGUGCAUCUAAUCUUGAUACAAUCGUGCAGUUAUUAUUCGAAUUUUUGACCGUUCUUCAACGAUCCGGUGCUCAAGAAUAUUAUUAUAAUGAGAAACAGGCGAUUGCAUUGUAUUCAUUCAAUAAGAAAUCAGAAAAAGAUUCACUAUCGAAUUCGAUUGAAUUAGCCAAAAAUCUUCUUUACUUACCGCUAGAGCAUGUUUUAACUGGUACAUCUUUAUUCUAUCAUUAUGAUGAUGAGAUUAUCAAUAAUUUCGGCAGCCAACUGACAAUCGAUAAGGCAAAUUUUAUAGUUUUGAAUAAAAAACUUGAAGAAAAUUUUGAAACACAAGUUGAACCAUGGAUGAAUAUCAAAUAUCAAAGUAGUGAAAUUCCCAAAAAAUGGAAAAGUAAUGCCAAGAAUUGCAGUGGCAAAUCAAAUUAUUUUUACUAUCCAAAACCAAAUCGAUUUUUAGCCAAAAAUUUUGACCUUUUAGCCGAUACACUGCCACAAGAUUGUGCGGAAAGAAAACAAGGUGAUUAUCCGAUGAAGAUUAUUGAUGAGAAACGAAUGACUGUUUGGCAUAAAUGUGAUUUUAAUUAUCGUCUACCAAAUGCUUCGUUUAAUAUUCAUAUUCUUAGUCCAUUCAAUGAAAAUUGUUUAGAAAAUGUUGCAUUCAAUGUUGUUCUACAAGAAUAUCUAACCAUCAUUCUACAAGAGGAUACUUAUGAUGCAUAUGAAGCUCAUAUGAAAUGGGAACUAGCUCGUACAUGUUAUGGGUUGACUUUAGGUGCAAAAGGUUUCAAUGAAAAAUUAACCGAACUUGUCCUUAUUGUUAUGGAACGUUUUUUAUCCGUUGACUUUUCUGAAAACCUGUUGAACUCAAUCAAAAAUGAUAUAAUCAAAGAAUAUCGAAACAAAAAUCGAGAAUCACAAACAUUCAAUCAGGAAAUUUUCUCUUCCAUUUUGAUGGAACGACAUUUUUCUUAUCUAAAUCUUAUACAAAAAAUUCAAACUGUAACCAUUGAAAAUUUAAGGGAUUAUAAUGAAAAGUUUUUGUCAAAUAUCUCAUUCGAAAUUCUUGUUCAAGGCAAUAUAAGCAUCAAGGAAACGAUCGAGCUCGCCAAACGACUUGAAUCAAUGUUUCUGAACAAUAAUAAACAGAUUGAUCCACCAUUAGAACGAAUAAAGCAACGUGUUAUACAAAUACCUUCUGGAAAUAAUCGCAUUCGAUUACUUACAUUGGCCGAUUCAAGUUGUAUGUCUUAUCUGGAAUUAUAUCAACAAUUAGGACCAUUUGAUAUUCGAUCAAAAUGUUAUCAAUCACUUUUUGUUGAAAUGAUAAAUGAACAAUGUUUCCAUGUUCUAAGAACAUGCGAAGGCUUAGGCUAUAUGGUGGGUUGUUGUAGCCAGAAUAUGUUCGGCAUACUUGGUUUCAGUGUUUACGUAGCAUCCGAUGCCGAUAAAUUCGAUUGCUCAUUUCUUGAUAAACGUAUCCGUGAAUUUCUUGAAAAUUAUUGCAAAAAAUUUAUUCAUGAAACAUUAAAUGAAGAAAAAUUUCAUGAAUAUGUUACGGCUGCAAUAACCGAAAAAUUGGCACCAUAUCUUAAUCUUGAUGAUGAAACAACAAAACAUUUGACCGAGAUUAUUAUCUAUGACUAUUGUUUUGAUAGAGCAAAAAAAGAAGCCGCUCAAUUACAAACGGCUAAAUUGCAGGAUUUUCGUAAUUGGACCGAUGAAUUUAUAUUUUUGCCCUGGAAUCAAAGAAAAAUGCUCAGUGUUGAGGUUGUUGGAAAUGGUUGCAAAGCUAUGAACGAAUGUUUGACAUUGGAUUGUCAGCCCGUCUGUAGUGAAUACAUUUGUAAAAAUGAUGAAUCGCAAGUCAUACGAUUAUUACAAUCAAAAUGCAAGGAUGAUCAAUUCAUUGUGAAUAUUGAUGAUUUCCGUAAAAGUUUAUCAUUUUAUCCGAUACAACCAUCGUUAAAAGAUUUGAUUUGAAAAUAAAAUACAUAAUUAUUAUUGAUUAUUGA